UCUGUAUUCGGUAUUUUGUAAUCUGUAUUUGUUUCGAAAUUAUGUUGUAACUGAACAUUUUCGACACACGCAAUAGACCAAAUUCGCAAUCAAAAUUCAUCAUAAAAAUUCACCAUAAAAAUUCACCAUACAAAUAAUGUCAGCCAAACAGGUCAGCUUUGAAGAGGAGACUUCGGUCUCGUCGCGCAUCACUCUGUUCAAUAAGCGGGCGGAGGAGCACCAGAACUGGAUGGUCAUCAAUCCCUUUGCCCACUACACCGUCCGGGAGAUGCCCAAGCGCUUGAUCCGCCAGGAGGAUUAUGGACACGCGCCCGCGGGCAGCAGAUCGGAGCAGAGGUCGCAGCUGGCCCAUGCCCAGGCGCUGCAGGAAGUGCUGCAGCUGUGCGAGGAGAUCCACAAGUUGGGCCAGCCCAGCCCCAAGACGGGACAGAUGGGCCUGUCCUUUGGCGAGCUCUUUGAGCGUUACACCAGCAUUUCGGAGAAGCUGAUGGGCACACUGCUGGCGGCUCGCAGGCAGGGCUAUGUCGCCUUUGAGGGUGAGACACUGUUUCAGGGCAAGGACGAGCAGGUGCCGGUGUGUCUGUUGCGAUCCUUCGACGAGCUGCGCCUGGAAAUCAUGGCCAAGGCUGAGGAUCUCACCAAAAAGGAGCACGUUGACUAGAGCACGCGCCAAGGACCCGUACACCCAGAAAAAGCUUAGGUGGCAAGGAGACCCCAAAAACUGUCACCUGAUUGCUGACCCGUGUCAAGCUGCAGGCAGCCACAAGCUUUACGUGAGGCACCUAAGCACCUGAGCACCUGAGCCUUUUCGCAGUUAAUUGAAUUAACAUCUUUGACUGCGCCUGCCCCUUCACCCAGACCCAGACUUUGCACUGACAACCCCCACCCACUCAGCAGAUCCUGUCACGUAUGCGACAGGAAGCAAGGAGCUCGCGCCAGUCAGUCUGUCUCUAACCAAAACAAAAAAUGAAUCACCCAGAGCAAAUAAACAAAUUACAGCAGA